AUGCCUCCUAUAAAAUCAGAAGUCAUCCUUACAGGAAUUGAGAAUUGGGAUGACUGGAAAGCGUUUAUUACAACUAAGAUUCCGGCAGAUAUCUGGGCUGCAGUUAAGCCAACCAACAGAACCAAGACGCUUAUAAAUGAGCCAAGUCGUCCACAGGCAUCCGACUUCAAUGAGACAGCUGAAACUGAAGCCGAUCUAGACGCAACACAGAUCAAGGCCUUCAAAUUGUCAUAUGAAAUCUGGAAAGAAGAUAACAAGACCUACGAAAAACAAACAACCGGCCUGCUCAAAGCAAAAGAGGCAGUCUUUGCUAGUGUGGAUGAGAAAUUAGCCCGCUACCUAGACCCAGAAGACAGUUUAAUCGACUGGAUAGACUGUCUAGCAAGAGCAGCCAAAGCCGAAGAAACAAAGGUCAUCCAGAACCUCGCAAGAGAAUAUAGAGAGCUUCUUCAGUCAUUUAGUUGCUCUGAUCUUAAGACCUUUGAAGACUGGAUCUGGAAGUGGGAAAACUACCUGCUAAAGGCAGCACGGCAGCAGAUGCUAGAAGUUAAAGAAGGUCGUUGGCUCUUUGACAUAGCAGACCUAAUGACCAAGCAUAACACAAGCUUUUCGGAUAACUGCAGGCAAGUAGCCAACAGUACAGCAACCACAACAAAGGAAUAUGAAAAUGCACUUCAAGUAGUCGCUGCACAGAUCAAAGAAAUUGAAUCCCCAAACCGAAAUAUCCUACGGAAUGAUCACCUCGAACGGCUACAGAUCGCAAUAACAGCUAUACAGACAGCCAAGAAACCGCUGGACUGCAUGAAUGCUGGCCAAGAAUGGUCCAUUGCAGAUGUGGCUGUUAAACUGCGAAGCUGGGCUAGCUCGGCCUUGUCAGCACAGGUGAAAACACCUAUUAGACGGGGAACAGCUUUUCAGGCUACUGACAACGAACAUAACGAUGACGCCGGCACAAGGAAGGGACGAUCUAGCAGGAAGAGACCUAGGUCAGAAGAGAACGAAGGAAGCGAUAAAAGACAGGCCACCAGUUGUGAAGCCUGUGGGGCUCCUUGGCAUGACCUUAAUUCUUGCUGGAAUGCGAUCCCUGAAUUGAGACCAAAAGGGUCUACGCCGAACGAGCGUUGGGUUGGCGUUGUCAAAAGAGCAUUAGCUAAAGACCCGGAGUUAAAAGCCAAAGUUGACAAGAUACGAGAAGCAGCUAAACGCAAAGCCAAAGAAGAGGAUGGAUCAGACUGA